CUGGAGGCUCAAACACCCCACAAAAGAUUUGAGUACGCAGUACGUUUCACAACAAACCCUGCAGACGGAGUUUACACAAUUCAAUGUCGUUGUUUUAAAAUGUGGCAAAAAAAGCGUGUCUUGGUAUUUGGGACAUUGGCAAGCUGUGGACUCGUUCUUGCGAUGGGAUUGUAUUUGUUCACAAUGGUAGGCUACUGUAUACGGUACUAUAGCCAUAUGCAGACUUAAUUGUUGUGUUGUUGACUGUUACAUAGGAUGAAACCAUUCCUUCCAUUGCCCUUCUGGUGUGUGCUGAUAACCUGCUAUCUAUAGCAAAGUGGCCUAACUUGCAGUGCAUAUAAUUAGGACAAUUUAACUAUGUUUGUGUGUUUUAUUUAAGCAAUAAGGCCGAGGAGGUGUGGUAUAUGUCCAGUAUUUGGUGUGGUAUAUGUUACCACGACGCAACGCGGAGUGUCUGGACACAGCCCUUAGCCUUGGUAUAUUGGCCAUAUACCACAAACCUCCGAGGUGCCUUACUGAUAUUAUAAACUGGUUACCAACGUAAUUAGAGCAGUAAAAAUAAAUGUUUUGUCAUACACGUGUUAUAUGGUCUGAUAUGCUAAAUGACGUAAAUGUAAAUAUACCACGGCUGUCAGCCAAUUAGCAUUCAGGGCUUGAACCACCCAGUUUAUAAUAUGUAAUUAUACUACUCUGCAUGAUGCACUCUUCACUUGAUGUCUGUGAAAAAGCCGUGUAAAUACAGGGUGUUAAAAGUUAGUGUCUGGAUGUCAGAAAAAUUAUGGACACAUGAGUAUCAUCCCGCUGGUUUUCAGUUUAGAUAUUUAUUUGGUAUCUGGGGGGUACACAUAGGGUAGGCUAUCUGGUAUUACAAGUCAGGACCUCCCUGCUCCCUCUUAUCAAUAUUAUCAGUGAGUAGGCUUAUAAUUUACCUUGUUGUGUUUGUAAGAUGACAUCAGUGAGUGGUAAAGUUUAAACCGGGUGAAGGGUUCAUAUUUUCUUCCUGCUGCACUUUAUCAGAAUGGUGAAAUAAUAUAUACUGAAUCAAUGCAGUUGCCCAACCACUGUCAUGCACCACUGCCCUCAAAUUAAAAUAUUGAUACUCUCAGAUCCUCUCUCUCUCUUAGAAAAUGUAAACAUGAGUCUCCAUGCACAUCUGUUGCAUCUAUUCUAUACCAUAUGAUGAUGUUGAUAUGACAUUUGAUGGAAUAAAGAACCGCUGAAAUAGGAAAUAACUUUUGAUUUUAAUCUGGUUGCCCAACUGAGACUUUGGCUUCAUGCAACCCUUGUUUACGUGCUCUGCAGAAUGAUUAGGCUCUCUUGUGUGAGUCAUUUGAUGAGAGACUUACAGUAUGAAUAGCCUACUGUAAUUGAACAUCUCUAUCACACAUCACAAACAGAAAUGGUUUUGUUGCAUGUUUAUUGCACGCCUUAGUCAAGUGAAGGUUCAUCUAGAGUUGAUGGGAUAUCCAGACAAAGGUCACAAAUAUAAGGUCAUUGCAUAGUUGUUGUUUGGUGAAAUAGUGGGUUUUUGGACCAUAGUGAUACUUUUGCUCCAUCCUUUUUAAAAUGUUAUUGUUGAUGUGAAAUGUUACUGUUCAUUUAGUCAGAGAGAAGUACUACUGUGUUCUGUACUUUUUGACUAAUGUAACCUUUUGCGUUUAGCAAGGUCAGUUGCCAAAGAUGAGGUUACCUUUGUCCUGUGCAUGUCACACUUUAAUGUGUCACUUCUAGGAAGAGAUAACACUAUCUAUUGGUAUGUAAUGAGGACCAGCCUGUGUAGGUGUUAUCAUCCUUUGCUUGUCAGUGGUCAGCAUAAAAGCAUGCUAUCAGAGAAGAAUGCCAUAUCUUCCUAGUUAUUGAUUGUCAGAGUUGAAUAAAUUGGGGGAUUAGAGCGUGUACUGUACCAAAAGGCUCAGUCAGUCAAAGGUGUGUGGGACAGAAGACUGUGUGGUCAAAUCACAGGAAUACUGUCACAUAGGCGUUCUGCCUUUUCAGUGGACCUUACUGAAAGGCAGUCAUGCGUCUACUAGGGUCUGCUGUCCUUUUCUCUGUCUUGCUGCAGACUUUGGUAAGAUCACUGAGAAAUGGUGAAUCAACACUUCACUUUGAUUCAAAUGUUUUGGAGAUAUUGGCUAUGGCAGGUUUUCUUAUGUUUACAUCGGCUGUUGAAUCUUUCUGUCUGAGGAUGUAUGCCAAGUGCAUAUAGUGUGUUUAUUGUUGGAGGGGAAAAUACACCCUUGUAAUCAGUAACUUUUUAACACAUAUCAAUUGCUGCUUUUCUGUCAUUCAAACACAUUUUCAAAAGAUGUUAUUCCGUGGAUUUCCGUGUAGAAUGGAUGAGAGCAAAGGCAUUUUAUUUGAAUGAUGAUGAUCACUCUGAGAGAGAUAGAGGUUUGCUGAGUUUUUCUUUACAGUGAGUGUGGGUGAGCACACGUGUGUGCCUGCACGCACUCCAGCCAGGUACUUACGCGCUAGUAGCAAAUCAAAUCAAAUUGUAUUUGUCACAUGCGCCGAAUACAACAGGUGUAGACCUUACCUUACUUAUGCUUACUUACAAGCCCUUAACCAACAAUGCAGUUUUAAGAAAAUAUUUACUAAAUAAAUUAAAGUAAAAAAAGGUUACAACAAUAGAACAACAAUAAUUAGGCUAUAUCCAGGGGUACCGGUACCGAGUCAACGUGCGGUACAGGUUCGUUUGGACUUACUCUCUUUCUUUCUCUCCUCUCGCAGUCUGCCCCGACAGAGGACUGGCAGACAGCCACGUCUAUUUAUGACUUCUCUGCAAAGGAUAUUGAUGGCAAUGAGGUGUCCCUCGAGAAAUACAGGUGAGUGGGUGAAAAAAUAAGUUACUCAGCACUUCCAAAUACUAAAUAACCACAAUCAUGUUAUAUAUCAUUUUACCAUACCCCUUCCAAAAGCCUGUUCUUUCCUGUGUUUUAAUGUGUUUGUGUAGGGGAGAUGUUGUCAUCAUUGUCAACGUUGCCUCUAAAUGAGGGAAAACCCCAGUAAACUAUUCUCAGUUUGCGGAGAUGCACGCGAAGUACGCUGAGAAAGGUUUACGCAUCCUGGCCUUCCCCUCCAACCAGUUCGGGAGUCAGGUAGCUACAUCUCUCUUCAUCAAUGUUUUUUUGUCACCUAAAGCAUUUCUUCUAUGGGCAUUUUAUUACAUGUGUCUUAUGUGUCCAUUUUAGGAACCUGGCACUGAAGCUCAGAUCAAGGACUUUGCCAAGUCGUACAAUGCUGAGUUCCCAAUGUUCAGUAAGAUUGAUGUGAACGGGGAUAACGCCCACCCCCUGUGGAAGUGGCUGAAGGAGCAGCCCAACGGGAAAGGCUUCCUGGGAAAGUAAGUGGAGACGUUUUGGAGAGACGUGUCACAACUAGAGUGAUUAGACUCACAUAUCAUUUUUGUUGGCCACAAAUAUAAAAUAUGUUAAUACUUUAAAUACAUUAUAUCAAAUUAUUUACAAACUGCUUACUAAUGCUCAGUAAAGUAUUUGAUAAUGGCUUAUAUACCGUAUAUAAGCAGAUAUUUUAAAUGUAACAUGUAUGAGUUUGGUUAUUGUUACUGUGUUAAUGAUUGCUUUAUCUUAUGAUCUUGUUUUCUUCCCAACAGUGGCAUCAAAUGGAAUUUCACAAAGGUAAAUAUUUCUUAUUAGUCAUCAUCAGAUAUCCCCAUCAGCAGAAAGUUGACACAGCUCUGAGUUACCCAGAGUUAUGUGCCAAGAGUUUAUCUCUGGUGAAAGCAAAGGUUGCUCAUUGCAUGCCCAUUGAGUUCAAUGUUAUAGCCUCUGUUAACAAAAUAAAAUAAAAAUGGUAGUCUUAUUAUUAUGGUCUUUCUUGGCCCAGGGUCAUACAAAUACAUUUACAUUUUACAUUUUAGUCAUUUAGCAGACGCUCUUAUCCAGAGCGACUUACAGUUAGUGAGUGCAUACAUUUUCAUACUGGCCCCCCGUGGGAAACGAACCCACAACCCUGGCGUUGCAAGCGCCAUGCUCUAAUAACUGAGCUACAGGGGACUUAAAUACAAUGCAGUUUUAAAAAUACAUACUUAAAUGGAAGUAUAUUUUCUGCAUUUAUGAGUUGGGGAGUUGUGGGGUUAACGAAUUGAAAACAAAACACCUAGACUAUUAUCAGAUUUUGCUGUUAGAUAAUGGAAGUUUAAAGUGAUGCUCCAGAGCUUUUGUAUAAUUUCAGCCAGUAGUUUUGAAGGUAGUGCUCAUGAGCCAAAACGGGUCCCCGAAAAUGGUGCACUACGUCAUCCAUUUUGCAUGACAUGUUACACGUGUUUUUAUUUAUAAAAUGUUUUUUUGCAAUACAAUAUGUUAUGAAUUUGUAAAUGCUUAAGAUCCCGGACUGAAUCUUUAAUGCAGAAUGAGUUUCAAUGUACAUCACUCAGUUCCUUUUCUCUGUCUUUGUAGUUCCUGAUCAACCGAGAGGGCCAGGUUAUGAAGAGAUAUGGACCAAUGGAUGAUCCCAGCGUAAGUCAAUGACUGUAAUUACAGCACAGGCCUAUGAUGGGCUCACUGACAUGUCCAUGUGAUGUAGCAGCACUCAGCCAUAACCUCAGGCCUGGCCUGGAAUAACCCUCUCUAUCAUUCUGCCUUGUGACUUUGCCACUGAAAUGAUGCAUUAUCCACCAUUUGUAAAUGCUUCCUGGAAACCUUUUUAUGUGAUCACAAGCCCGUAAAAUUGGGGGGGGGGGGGGGGGUUGCAGCAAUUCUCUAUCAAGCACACAGAAAAUGUGAAUAUUUACAUAUAAGUCAUUUAGCAGAUGCUCUUAUCCAGAGCGACUUACAAAUUGGUGCAUUCAACUUAGGAUAGCCAGUGGGACAACCACUCCCUUUUUUUUUGGUGGGGGAGGGGGGGUAGAAGGAUUACUGUUAUAGGGCAGGCUUUCUUUAACGGCUGCUCAGAUAUGUUAUAUCUCUCAUACAGUGUCGCUACUGAACGGGAAAUCCAAUAGACUACAACUGUCUAUAGCUGGCUACUGUCAUGGCUCUUACCUAACAAAUUAAAUACAAUUAUAUUAAAUCCAUAUAAGGAGAGAAACAUAACUGAAAAACAACUAAAAGACAUGGAUGCCGGAAUGGUGUCCUCACUAUAUGAUAGGCUAGUGACUCAUAAUAUAAAACAUUUACCUGUUAUGGAGGUCUGGGAGAAGGACCUGCAAAGUUCAGGGUUUAAAUGGGAUUGGACCACAAUAUGGGACAAUAUUUUUUCCUAUUCUAAGAGCCUUGCCCUUCAACUUAAUCAUUUUAAAUUUGCUCAAAGGUUUUAUUUUACCCCUGAGUGAAGGUUAAAAAUGAAGCUUGUGUAAUAAAUGUACCCAAACUGAGGUGGGCAAUUAUAUGCAUACGCUUUGGAGCUGUGUACCUACCGGUAAAGUCUCUUUGGGUUCAAGUGUUUUAAAUGGUAUUCUUGGCAGGGGCCUACCUGUUUGCCCAUCCCCCCUCCUGCUGGAUUGUAGCCCUAGCAUUUCCUUAUCUUAUCAAGAGAGGCAGAUUGUUAUGGCUGCAUUAACAGCAGGCAAAAAAACAAUUCUAAGGAGUUAGUUUGAACCGGCUAUUACCCUUUGCAGAUUUUGGUUGCUUAUGUACUAGACUAGGACAUUGCGCAGCUGGAAAGAUCCACUGCCAGACUGCGUGGGGCCAAGCCCGAAACUCUGGUAAAUUGGUAAUAUGCUGUCUCCCACUUGCAAGACAUUUACAUACAUUUACAUUUUAGUCAUUUAGCAGACGCUCUUAUCCAGAGCGACUUACAGUUAGCGCAUACAUUAUUUUAUCGAACCCACAACCCUGGCGUUGCAAACGCCAUGCUCUACCAACUGAGCUACAUCCCCUGCCGGCCAUUCCCUCCCCUACCCUGGACGACGCUGGGCCAAUUGUGCGCCGCCCCAUGGGUCUCCCGGUCGCGGCCGGCUACGACAGAGCCCCAAGACCUAAUUUAACAACAACGUUUGGUCUUGCGGAUGGGAUUGCCCUGCUCUUGUCUAUUUUUUAUAUUCCUAUGUGGCUCUGGGUUGGUAGCCUUUGAGAUUAAAAUUUGAAUAGACCGAUUGAAUUUGGGAAUACUGAAACCUAUUUACAUUUACAUUUAAGUCAUUUAGCAGACACUCUUAACCAGAGCGACUUACAGUUAGUGAGUGCAUACAUUAUAUAUAUAUAUAUAUUUUUUUUUUUUUCAUACUGGCAUAUUUGGUUUUGUUUGGUUUUGUCCUUUUUCAUUUGUAUGGUGUUUUUUUAUUUUCUCCCUAUUGAACUGUACAUAUUUGCAAGUAUUGUAUCUUCAAACUGUAAUUGUCUAGGACAUGCAAAAAAAAAGAAUAAAUCAUUGUUCACAAAAAAAAAGAGACAUGGAUGCAAUUCAUCACACCUAUUUCUUCUCCUUCAUUUCAGGUGGUGGAGAAGGAUCUUCCUAAGUACCUGUAAUUCUUCCAUGACUGACUGACUGACUAAUGCACUGAUACUCCAUCCGGUGGGCCAAUGGGUGUUAGUGGGUCCAUUCCCCAGACCAGUGACGGUCUGUCCGCAAACCCGCCUAACGGACAGGACAGACCUGAUGAAAAUGGCGUGCAUCCCCUUGGGAGGACCCCCUAUACCCAAUCCAUUACACUGGAGAGGAACCCUGACCUCUACAACUGUUCCCUUUGAAUACUUAAAACUGAAUGUGCAUAAUAAAAAAUAUGAAAAUAAUAAACUGAACUCUUUUGUGCUAA